CGACCACCUGUCACUAUUCUCGACGUCAUUAGCAUUUAUACUAUUGCGCAUCACUCUUUAUUUUUAAAUGUAUUAACAAUAUGGUAUGCUAAACUGAUUCUCUUAGUAUCGAGUCACGUGAUGUAGACGAAUUUUCGAUUCGUAAAUGGCCGAAAAUCAACUAGAAAAGUUAUUUAAAGAAUGCGACGUUCAAGGGACCGGUUAUUUAUGCCAAGAAGGGAUGAGGGAGCUGUGCGCCCGCGUCAGUGUUUGCGUGCAAGACGCGGAUGCCAUUUUUCAGACCCUAGAUACCGACGGAGACGGGAAAAUUACUUUUAACGAUAUUUCUACGGGCUUAUUAGAAUUUUUGAAUCAGAAUUCCAAUAGCCAAAAAGACGGAUGCAAAACCCCGGAUUCGGAAACCGAUUUUGUACACGAUAAACAUCAAUUUGUCUUACAAGCGUGGCAGCAUUUUGCUACCGAAGUUGGAAAAUCCGAUAAAAUUAUCAGUGAAGAAAAUAUUCUUGAAUUAUAUAAAGAACUUCAAAAAUCAGACAAGCCUCAUCUGAUAUCUCAGUUUGAAACCGUCAUGGCUGAUCUGAUGGAGAAUGUAAAUCGUUUGCAAGAAGAAAAGCAUCAAUUGGAACAUUUUUGGAAACGUGAAAGAAAAGAACAAGAGUUGUAUUUACACAAAAUGGAAGAAGAGAUGACGAAUCAAGUGAAAGAUUUAGAGUUGAAAGUAAAACGAGAGGCACAAGAAGAAGUUGAGACGGAAAGAAAGAAUUUGAAAAUAAAAAUGGACGCCGAAAUGGAUGAAUUACAGGCUCAUUUAUCUUUAUUUGAAAAAGUCAAUUCGUGGCUCCAGUCGUGUGGUCAACAUCAUUUUCAAGACGAAAAAGCAAACGAAGUAAGGAAUAAAUUAGAAGAGGCUUUACACGAAAAUCAUCAAUUGAGGAUGAAUUUGAUAGAUACUCAAACUAAUGUGGCUUUGAUGAGAAGUGAAAUGGCUCAGUUGAGAAAUCAGUACGAAGAAAAGUGCCGAGAACUUAACAGCGAGAAGGAACGAAUUAUGGAAGUUUUGCAUGAACAUAGCGUACUUGGCAGGCAGAUUCACUAUCUUCAGUACGCAAAAUUCCUCGAUUAUACACCUGAUGCUAAUAGAAAAUUAAAUGAUACCAACGAUACAUUGAGAGAAGCCAUGCAGAAAUCACCUGUUGAUAAUUUUUCACGAAUUUUUCCACGUUCUGAACAUAGAGGAUCGAUUAUAGGAGAUUAUUUAUAUAACGAUAUUCUUCCUGAGAGAAGAAAAAGAACAUGCUCGGAAGAUGUGGAAUUUGAACAUCAUCCCGAACUAAAUGUCACCGAAAGGAUCAAAGAUGAUUUAGACAGUGGAUUUUCCACGCUUCGAGAUUUUUCCGAAGAACAGGAAGAAGGAAUAAACCAUAAUUCUAUGAUAAUAAAUCAAUUGCAACAUUCACCGUUGACUAGAACAGAAACAUUACCAACAUCGGAAAAAAUAGUUCAUUGUGAUGUACGAAGAAUAAAAAGUUUGACAGAUAACGAAUCAUUACAUUCAAGUCCAUCAUCCGAAUGCAAAUCAGAAGAAAAUUUUCCUAGGCGUAAAAUUGCAGACAUUAAACGCCAAUUAGGUUUAGAUCCAAAUAAAGCUGGGAGACCGAGAAGUCUAACUCCUUCUCCCGUUCCUUUACCAAGAUCAACGUUGCAAACAACAAAUAAAAAAUUACGAUCUUCAUCGAUGUCUUUGUAUAAUAAAAAGGAGACGGAGGAGGAAGUUUUAAAUGAUAAAACAUCUAUGCAAAAAGUCGCCGAUGUAAUUACAGACAGCGAAAUAAAAAAUUCCUACGAAGCAACGGGUCCUCCAGAAAGAACUUAUAAAAUUGUUUUCAUUGGUGAUGCUGCUGUUGGAAAGUCUUCCUUUAUUUUAAGAUUAAGUAAAGGAAUGUUCGUAGCGCAUCUUAAUUCUACUUUAGGUGUAGAUUUUCAAGUGAAGACAUUGAAAAUUGAUGAUAAAAAUAUUGCAUUACAACUUUGGGAUACCGCUGGUCAAGAACGGUUUAGAAGUAUAACCCAAUCUUAUUUUCGGAAAACAGAUGGCGUCAUGCUGUUAUACGACUGUACUAAUGAAUCGUCUUUCCUCAAUGUUCGUCAAUGGAUGGAAGCCAUUGAUGUAUCCUGUUUCUACAGAAUGAUGGCCAAACAAACGAGUGAUUCCCAUAUGGAUGCAACAUCUCAAAAAAUACCUGUAAUGAUUGUAGCUAAUAAAACUGAUCUUAGAGAUUUACAUCUUUUGCAAGGAAACGAAUGUGUUCCUUACGAAAGUGGUGAAAAAUUAGCAAAGGAUUUUGGAGCGAUGUUUAUGGAAGCGAGUGCUAAAUCUGGAAGCAAUGUAUUUGAAGCCAUCGCAGAACUUGCUAGGUCAAUGGCUAUCAAUGAAGAUCUUCAACUUAAGUCUUCUGGUAGUAUUUUAUUGAAAGAAGGAAACAAAAAAAGUGGAAAAUGUUGUAAAAAAUAAUUAUAUACAUUUUGGAAUAUGGAUUUUCUUUAUUAAAUCAU